UAAUCAAAAAAAACAAUUAAAUAAAAAACACACACAGAAGAAAGAAGAAGAAUCCUUCCUCUUCUCCUCCAUCGUCGUCGUCUUCUUCUUCUCCAGAGAUGAAUCCACACAAAACCGAAGAAGAUCUCUUCCACCACCACGAUCUCGACCCAACACACAUCCUCUCUCAACCCCACCACCAUCAAGAUCAUCAAGAACCAACCUUCUCCCUCCCAGAAUUCGUCCUCUUCCGCUCCUCCCCUUCCCCCUCCAACUCCUCCGACGAACAAGACUCCUCCUCAAACCCCAACCCCAAAACCCCCAAACCCACAAGCCCUAGAAUCCAAACCCUAACCCUAACCCCACCCCAAACCCUAGAACUCAGAGAUUGGGACUACAUCAACCCAGAGCCACACAUCUCCUCCCAAUUCUACACAUUCAACUCCGAGUCCCACUCCCUAAUGAUCCUCUGCCUCCGCGAGGGCCGCCUCGCCACCCCCGCGGAGAUCCGAGUCGCCACACCACGCCCCGUGCUCAAAUCCUGGCGUUCCGUGUGGAAAGACCGUAACGAAGACACAGCUUAUCUCACGGCGUGGAAACGGAUCCAGGACAAGCUCACCGCCCGUCUCGAUCCAACCUCUGGUAACGAGUUCCUGUGUUUCAAAAACAACACGAGGCAGUUUGUGUCUCAUGUUAACCAGUGGCAGGACAUUGUCAUGGGGUUUCAUGGAGAUGGGGACUUGAAACAUUUAGGGGUUAGAGAGACUAUAGACAGGAUUAAACAGGUUUGGACCGUUGGGGCCAAGCUGUAUGGGAUUCCGGAGAGUUUCAUUAGGGUUUGUGUUGCUGCCUGUGGGGUUUGUAAUGCUGUUUCGGGUUCCGGUUCGCGGAAUAAACGGCGGCGUUUUGAGUAUACUGAGUCCUUUGAUGUGCCUGCUAAGGAAGUUGCUGAUAGGUUGCAGGAGUUAGCUGCUAAGCAUAAGGUUGUGUUGUGUAUUAGGCAGAAGUAUAUUAGGUAUAAACCGUUUAUGGCCGAGGUUAAGGAUUACGCGUGUCAUAGAGCCGGAGAGCCUGGUUCGAAGAAGUCUAGGGUUUUGAAGAGGGAGCCUUAUCAGUCUAAGAGGUGUGGGUGUGGGUUUAGGAUUAGAGCUAUUGUCCCCAUUGCUAACUAUAAUGAGAAGGAUAAGAGUUUUGUUUACGAGGAGGAAGGGAUGGCUGUUUUUAAGAUGUAUGCUGUUCAUUCGGGUCAUGAGCCUGGGGCGAUGGAUGGGAAUGCGAGGAUUAUGCAUCGGCUUGUGGGUCAUAAAGGGUUUUUGAUGGAGCAUGAUGUGGUUUAUGGUGUGAGGGAGGAGUUGGAGAGUGAAGAAGGUGGUGGAGACGUGCGUUUGAGUGUGUUGCAUCAGGUGCAUGAGAUAAGGAGUGAGCUUGGGACUUUAGAGGGGAAGAUUGGGAAGAUUCCGGAAGAGAUGUUGGGUUCUGUGUCUAGAGAGUUGUUUGAGAUGCUUAACAAGAUCAGGAACAUUGAUGAGGAGGGUGUUAAGGGAACUACUACAGGGUUGCUUUCUGAUAAGGAGAUACUUGUUGGAGAUAAUGAUUUAGCUCAUUGGAGUGACCAUCAUCAUCAUCACCAUGAGCAUUUGUAUCAUGGAGAUGGGAAGGAUAAUACAGAGCUUAUUGAAGAUGAUGAAGACAGUUUCGGGAGGAGCCUUGAUGAUGUUGUUCCUUGGGAGAUAAGGCCACCAUCUGGGUGUACAAGUCCAAAGGAUAUCUUGUCUGAAACAUCAUGUAAGCCUGAGAAAUGGUUAAAGUGCAAUGACUUUGAUGAGAAGAGCAUUCUGAACUGUGAAGAAGAUUCUAAGUUAACAAAACCGAUGAUGAGAGACGAUGAAGGUAUAGUAUCAUCAGACGUAGGUUUAGUUGGUAUACAAGUGGAUAGCUUCUAUCAAGAAAACUCGAAAUGGUAUGAUUCUCCUUGUGAAGAAGACAAUGGAUUCAGACAUGGAGAGAUUUUGUAGAGACACGGUAAGGUUCUGUCUUUAUAACCAGUUUCUAACUCAGCUAUCAAACACAUCUUCUUGUGUAUAUCAUAACUGGGGGAUCAGAUUGUAUAUUUAUUGUAUUCGAUAAGACGGCUUCAAGAGUACUAUUUUGUUUGUUAUGUUGUAGAGCCUGUAGAGGUUUCUUUUGUUGUGUGGUUAUGUAUAAUGAAACUAAUAUUGUGUCUCCUGCGUGUAUAUAACAUUGUUGUUAGUCUUAUUUAUCCUUUGUCUAGAUUAACAUUUGAUACGCAUGAGGUUUGUUAAUGCUUGCCUUUACACAUAGG